AAAGUAGCUUCAGAAUAUUUUUUUUUCUUUUCAGUUUUCUGCGUAAAGUAAUAUUUGUGAUCGUCCCGUCACAUUGGCGUGAACCGCCAGGUGUUUUUUUGAGACUUGUCGACGCCUUUCGUCUCUUGCCAGAAAUCUGCAAUCAAACAUCUUAUUGUUUGAAAACGUCGUCUUUAGAUAAUUUUACACUAGACCCGCAACGUGAGAUUUCAGUACUCGCUUUCCGAGGUCUUUAAGUUGUGUGUCGCAGAAAAAAAAUUGUCUUCAAAAAUCUUGUAGCCUCUAUCAUCAGGGCAAGGACCUCUAAAACGUCGGUAAACUUCUACUGGACUAUGCGGCGUUGAGACUCAGAACACAGCCAUUUUCUGUUUAUAUGUUGUUUUUUUAAGGAUGCCCAUCCUAUAAUGGCGUUGAAGGACAGUGUGAAUAACGAAGAAUGAAUUGGUAAGUAUUUGUAAGGAAAUGGUCGUGGCCUAAAAUCAAGAAAUGUAUCAGUUAUUAUAGCUGGUCUCCGUGGCCGAGUUUUGAACCUAGACCUCCCGAAUACAAAGCAGGAGAAUAAUGUUGUGUGAAGUGUACGAACCAUGAAGCUAAUCUCUCCCUAGAUGUAUUUUUCUCUUUCUUAAAUCCUCAUGCUACCCUUAGGAGUUCAUUCUCAAAUAUCCUGUAAGUUCUUUUGUUAGCGUGAGUGGCAGAGUUUCACAUUCAUGGAAAAUCAGAGGUUAAAUUAUAGUUUUUAUAGCUGCUUUAGGUUUUAGACGGAACAGCGUCAUUUAAAUGAUCUGCUAAUUAAUAUAUAAUGCGUCGUAGGGAUUUGCGUUCAUAAACGAGGUACAUUAUGUUGUGUAUUUACUGUCACGUGACUGUCGCUAUUAGGUUUUUAUUUGUGUGAAAUAUAGCUUAUUCUUCAUAUUUACUUAUGUGAUAGAAAUUGUCAAGAAGUCUUCGUGAAAUGUUUAAAUGUAUCCGAUAUUUAUUUUCAGUACUGUUAAAUCUACACAGAGAAAUUGUAUAAUUGAUGCCGAUAAACGAGAGUGAAACCGAGUAAUGGUAUAAAUCACUCUAGAAUUUCUUUCACUGUGGUUACAGAAAGAGUUUUACAAUUGGUUUACCUUUGCGUCAGUUUUGCAGAAUACCAACUAAUCCAGGUUUUUUUAUUGGCUGAAAUUACGUAAUAAAACAAAAGAAUGGAGUUUUUGUUUUGAAACAUACCGCCAUUUUGCUUAGCUGUAGUUUGUCGAUAUUUAUACAAGUGCUAUAUCUGAAACAAUUUAGAAGUAUUCGAUAGUCGAAAAUCUCUAUUAUUAUCGUAUUUUACUUUUGUGUUGUCCGUAAAUUGAACUGUUCCUUCAAUUUUUUUAUUUGUGUUACUUGCCGUAGGUUUUGUAACAAUUUCAGUUUACUACAGGUGUAUUGGAAUAUGCUGCAUCUAUCCCUAAUGCUUUCAUAUGUACUUCCUAACCUCAAAAAUGCCAUAGGCAAGAACACGAACUGUUUUAUGUACUCAGUGUGGUCGACAUUAGUUUGACCUCCGGCAUGAUAAUUCCAGUAAUUUUAGAGGUACAUGAAGUAAAUCGAAGACCAACAUAUUUAAUGUGCGUCUGAAUAAACACGAAAUUGCGUCAUUUCAUACUUAAGUGUUACUUUAAGCAGGACGACCAAUGGACUACAGAAAUUGAGUUUCACAUUGUGCUUGGAAUUAAAUGGAAUGCUAAAAAUGUUUUUAAAGAGUGAACGAUCCUACACUCCUUGUAAUUUGUGAAUUUUCCACUGACACCAGUGUAAUGGAUUGUUACUGUCCAGAGGAUACGAAACGAAAGAGAAGUGAAGGUCGUUUGAAGGCGGCGUAAAGAAAGGAGUUGAUAGAAAAUGGUGGAAACCUUCAUAGCAGAAAAGGCUAUGACGUCUGGUGCUGUUCGCAAACACAAGGACAAGAAAGAUAAAAAAACGCACGAAAAGAAACAAAAAAAGAAGAGGAAAGUGAACAGGUCCUUUCGUGAGGAGGAGGAUGGAAUUAAUUAUGCGGAAGACAGUGGUGAAGGAAGCGUGAAUCUGUGUGAAGAAUUACAUCCAAUUGGUUUUUAUAUUAAUGACAGGGAAGAGAUGAUUAAUCAGAUGUUUUCAGUUAUCAAAGGUGAUAAACUCAGAGCGAUGCUUCCUCCUAUCCUAAAGGAUUCAACAAUUGAUGAAUUAAAAUCCCAUUGUUUGGAUGAAUUACUUGGAAUGUCAUCUAAACGUAUUCACAGUGUUUUAGAAGGACGAGAAUUAGAAACUUCGUCUGACUCUGAUGAUGCAAGUUCCAAACCAGAAAAUGAAAAUACCUUGGGAACAUCACCUAUGGGCAGUAAAGACCAGUGGUCAAGUGAUGACAUGAGGACUAGAACACAGGAUCAAGAUUUAGAAGAGUUGGACAAGGAGGACAUAAACAGUGAUGAGAGAAAUGGGCUGCUGAAUGGACCAGUACCUGAUAUCGACACCCUAGAGAUUGGAAUCACAAGAAAGGAAAUGGGAGAACUAUUUAAUUAUAUCCCAUCUACCAAGCACUCUGAGAGAAAGAGGACUUCGUCAACAUGUGAAGCAGAGUCUACUGUUUCUGUUGUGAAGAGAAACAAGAGGAAAAGCAACAGUCAAAAGAAAGCAAAAGAAUCUGAAAAGCAAAUUAAAGUUACAAGAAAGAAUAUUGCAGAAACUGAUGAAGCUAACUCACCUCCAAAAAGUGGAAAUAUCAAUGAAGCAGACAUGACAGAGAGAACAGAUGAAAGUAAGGGAAAGACGUUGCUGGAAAUUCUAGAACUUGAAAUGAGGGCUCGUGCGAUACGAGCUCUGCUGAAACAGCAAAUUUGCGCAGGGGAUGGUGAAGAUGUAGAUCACUGUGAUGAGUGGUCAGAGACCCCUCCAUCAGAACUAACGAAAAGUCGUAGCUUAUAUACAGUGAAAGAUGCUGCUAGCAUUUAUAAUCAUGAGUCCAAUAAUAAUAAUUUAACAGGAUCUGAUAACUUUGACAACAGCCCUAAAUCUCACAGGCAGAAGCUUAAACGUAGAGGAAUGGAAAAUAUACCUAUGAAUCAGUGUACUGUUGUUAACACAGAACAAAAAAAUAACCAGUCUCUGUCUCUAGUCAUCAGUGCUUUACCCCAGCUACCGUCAAUUCAGAACGUUGAAUUAUGUACCCUCACAAGAACUGACUCCACAGUUGAUCCAGAUGUACACCAAGUAACAAGUGAAAAUAUCUCACAAAGCAGUUUGUACAGCAAUAUUAAAAUUGAAGUCUGUCAUGGCGGCGAAACACGAGACAUGGGCGACGUAAAACAAGUCCCCCUUUUGGAAUCAAAUGGCAAAGAGCAGGAAUCGGAUGUACACGUGCCACAUUGCAAAGAAAUUUAUGAAACUGUCAACACAGUAGUUACACUUGAUGAAGCAGGCAGGGAAGAUGGGGAGCUCACAAAUGAUGAUAAAUCUUCUGAGGGUGUUAUAGAAGUUCAUUCAGAGAGGGCGUGUAAUGAUAUAAUUAUUUUAGAUGAUAGCGAUGAUGAUGAAUUACAAGAGUUGUUUGACAACAGGAAACUUCAAAAGACUUCGCUUCAAGAAACAGAUGGUUCACAGAAAGUAUCGCUUGGAAACUUAUCAGAACAGGGUAACUGCAGUUACAAUAGUACAGAAGUCAGCGAAACUUUAAAUAAUGUAUCAAAGGAGUACAGUGUUAAACCUCAUAAAUCAUCUGUUUCUUGUGAUAAUUCUGGUUCUACACCUGAAAAUUCAGCACAAAAUGAAAGUAAAGAAUUUUCAUCUAGUUGUAUCGAAAUUGAAAUUAAUGAAGAUUACAGAUCAGAAAACCAGAACAAAAGAAAUGAAAAUACAAAUUGUUCCUGGGCAGCACGGUGGCUUCAAAGUAAAGACGUACAGAAAGUGGUAUCUACAAGUAAAAUGUGCGCCAAAGUGCGCAAGAGAAUGAAGUCAGCGCAGAAAGUGAAGAGAGUGAGGUCUCAAACAACUGACCCUGAAGAAGAUUGCAAAUCUUCUGUUGUUGUAGUUGGGAGUGUUAAUGAAUAUAACAUGCUAGAUAAGCCAAAGUGUUGCGAUAGUGAAACUUGAGAAGCCACUAUUAUGUUAUCAGAACAAUAUGGCGGUGCCCUCGGCCUCAAUCGGUAAUGCUCUGUUGGUCUACCUAUACCUCAUAAUUCCCUUUAAAUGUCAAUGACUCUGUACUUAGUAGAGGAUUUACUUUACUUUGUAAUGUCAUUCUUUGUUUUGAAAUUAUUAAACUUGAAUAAUAGCUCGUAUUAACCUGUAACAUUAAGGGUUUACCUCUCAUAUAUGGGGAAAUUGUCUCACAUGAAUGUUAAUUGUACCAGCCUUAAAAAUUGUGUGAUUUUUAAUCAUAUUUUUAUUAUUUUUAGUUCUUUUGAUUGCUGACUGAAGCUCUGCCAUUUAGACAGAACUAAAAGCUGUAAGGAUACCGGUGCAUGUGUACUAACUUAUGAAAAAGUAAGCACAAGGUUCAUCAAUCACGCAUUUAUAUAUCUACCGUUGUUUAUAAUUGUAUUUAUUAGUAUUAUUUGCUAUUUUUUAUCAUUGAUAACUUUUCCUGAUAUUAAGCCACAAAUGGAUAAACCCUUCAAGCCGUUGCAGGUCUCGUAAGUAUGCCUAUUCAUUAAGCACAUAUAUUUCAGCUAAAUCCUGAACCUGUAGCAGUUGUCAAAUGUAAAUAUCAUGUAUAAUGUGUACCAUUGAAAUGGCAUCACUUGGAAGAAAAAUCUCUUGAAAUGUUAAGUAUUAAAUUAAGAUGAAAACACACAGUAAACUGCUGUACUAUGGCAUGAGAUUUCAGGUUAUCACAAUAAUUGUAUGAAGAUGAGUUUUGGGUUUUGCUAGACUACAUAGUACAACCGCCAAGAAAAGUCAUCUUUAUACUGAACUAUAGCAUUCAGAAGAAUUUAUUAUAUGGGACUUCCUUUUAUACAUUAUGGUUUGUGUAAGUAUAUAUUACUUUAUGUCUUCUGGGAAGCCACAGUAAGCUUUGUUGUAGAGGAAUAUUUACCACAUUCAUACUAGAAAAGGGAAUAUUUUUUAAUCAUUCACAGUCUGAGGAUCUGUGUCAUCUUUACAAUGUCAGUAAUCCAAGGGAAAACAGUUCUAUUGUCAUAAUGAACUGAUAUACUGAGAGAAAGAAAUUUAAAUAUAAUUAUACCAUGACAAGUAAUGCUGCCUGUCAGCCCUUGCUUUUCCUGCACAAUCAACUACGACGAAAAAAUACUGAAAAGUUGUCGAGGUGUUAACCAUAUAACCAUAUUAUUCAUAUGUCGGCACUUUCGUACAAGGAAUCGAUUUCUUGGACAUGCCUACUGUUUAUGUAUGAAUUCAACAUAACAUUUGUACACUUUGUGUGAAACUAUUGUAUUAGGAGAAAACUUAUAAAUAUUUUGAGUUAUAUUUGUA